CAUAUUUGGCUCUAUUAAGCUUCCCCGUACGAGGUCCGCGAUGACACUGUUAUGACGCAGAGGUUGAGUAAUUCGUCAUGCAAAUUUUUUUUUUUUUUUUUAAUAUUUCAAAACAACGCGAACGCGCACUCAAGUCAGCUGGGAAAGUCGACGUGUCAUAAUUGUGUUCAUCGGCACAGUACAUCCAAAAACUCGUGCGAAAGAGAAGAAAGCCACUUAGUAUGAUUUGGGUCCGUCUCUUGCGUGGCGCGUGUGACGAUGACUUGAGAAAGAGGACCAGAAAAGAAGUGCCGCACUGUGACUCAUCGGUUUCCGUGUCGCCUUUCUCCCCAGAGUGGUUUUGGCAGCACAUGGAUCCCCCUCGGCAGGCCAACAGGGCCAACCCAAAGCAAGAGGCGAAAAGCAGUCCAGCAGAGUCGAAAGCGCCCCGUCGCAAGGAUGCCUACGCCCGGCUCCUGAGCCUGCACCGCAGCAGCACCUUCACCAAGUACCUGGAGCACUUCGCCAUGGAGUCUGCGCUCCCAAUGGAAGACGACGGAGCGAGCACGCUUGCGAAAGGCCACGCCGACGAGCUCGGAGCACCCCGAGCGAAACGGGACUGGAGCGCAAAUCGUCUCUCGGAUUCCGCCGACUUUUCCUCUCCUCCCUUUAAAGGCCGAGGAGACGAGAGCUCCCUUUCCUUGUACAUGGUGAAAUUAAGCCUUCGGAAUGCGCGGCGCGACGGAGAAAGGAAGCCGGGCGUGUCCGAAAAGCACAGGAAGGCGCAGAGGCGGGAUACGGCCACCAGCCAAGACGGGGACAUCGAGUCCGGAGAGGAGCUCGCUGCCCUCGGCCCGAACGACUCCAAGAAGCAGCAGCGACAGCGCAGGAAAACCAAAGAAAACUCCUCCAAGGGUGCCCUCAAUAAACCGGAAGUGGAGGACGUCAAGAGGGCGAAGAAAAAGAACCUGACCAAGCCGUCGGAGGAGGCCGAGCCAAAAUGUUCGGGUGACGGUCACGGUCCCGAGUCCCCUCUGGGUUCCCCGACCCGCCAAAGAACGCGGGUACUUCGGGAAUCAAUUCUGCUCAUCCCCAUCGACGUCUUGUGCAGUUGUUCUUCAGCCUCCGGCGCCGGCUCGCCCGCAGACAAGAAUCGGAACCAAGGAGGCCGAGGCUCGCGGAAAGCCAUUUUUGAAGCCUACGUGACAACUGAAGACGUUUCUCGUGGCCUUAAAAGAGGAGAACUCGUUCAGGGACAAUUGCGAAUCAACCCCAAGAAGUACCACGAAGCUUUUAUCCCAUCUCCUGACGGCACUCGGGAUAUAUUUUUGGAUGGCGUCAUUGCUCGUAACAGGGCACUAAACGGAGACAUAGUCGUGGUGCAAAUCUUGCCACGGGAACAAUGGAAGGUUGUGAGGUCCGACACAGACUGUGAGGGAGCCAGUGAGUCCGAGACCCCGAAAGGAAACCCGGUCCAAGCGGGCCAGAAGAAGAUGACGCGAGGUCCACGCGCUUCUGCCGACGAUGGGCGGAGCCACCGGGCUGGGCUUUCAGAGAGAGAUCAUCUGGGAAACAGCCUCAGCCAACAGCCCAACGGCGAAGUUCUUCAAAUGACUGCGAAAGUGGUGUACAUUGUGGAAAAGAAGCACUCGAGGGCCGUGACAGGCAGCCUGAAAUUUCUCGCCGACAAGCCUUUCGCCAUGUUCUCCCCCGUGGACCACCGCGUACCGAGGAUUAACGUCCCGCUGACGGACUGUCCAGAAGACUUCAGGUGCCGCCCGGGCGAUUACGCCAACACGCUUUUCAUCUGCCGCAUCACCGACUGUCCGGCCGACAGCAACUUCGCAGAAGGUCGGCUGGCGAAGACCUUGGGCCAGGCUGGGGACAUCGAGCCCGAAACGGAGGGCAUUUUGUCGGAGUAUGAUGUGGAUUUUUCCGAGUUCUCGGAUGAAGUGCUGGAUUGCUUGCCCAAGGAUGUGCCCUGGAAUAUCUCGCCCGAGGAGAUGGCCGAGAGGAGAGACUUGAGGCAGGAGUGCAUCUUCACAAUCGACCCCGCGACCGCCAGAGACCUGGACGACGCCUUGUCCUGCAAACGGCUUCCCGACGGGAACUUUGAGGUGGGGGUCCACAUUGCGGAUGUCAGCUACUUUGUGCAGCCGGGCGACGCUCUGGAUAACGUGGCCAGCCAGCGAGCCACGAGCGUCUACCUCGUACAAAAAGUCAUCCCCAUGUUGCCGAGGCUGCUCUGCGAGGAGUUAUGCAGUCUGAACCCCCUCACCGACAGGCUCACCUUCUCCGUCAUCUGGAAAAUGUCCCCCGAAGGAAAGAUUCUGGACGAGUGGUUCGGCCGCUCCGUCGUCCGCUCGUGUGUCAAGUUGAGUUACGAUCACGCUCAGAGCAUGAUCGAGGCCCCCGAGAGGACGUUUGCUGCCGAAGAGCUGCCCCCCGUGGACCCUCGCCACUCCGUCGAGGCGAUUCACCGGGCGGUGCUGAACCUGCAUUCCGUCGCCAAGAACCUCAGAGCGCAGCGUUUCUCCGGAGGAGCGCUGCGACUGGACCAGUUGAAACUCUCUUUCACUUUGGACAAAGAGACCAUGAUGCCUCAAGGCUGCUACGUCUACGAGUACAGAGACAGCAACAAGUUGGUGGAAGAGUUCAUGCUCCUGGCUAACAUUGCCACGGCGCAGCAUAUUUACAGACACUUCCCCGACCUGGCGCUCCUCCGACGCCACCCUCCACCCAAAGCUAAGAUGGUGGAUGAGCUGCAAGAGCUUUGCGAGCAGCUGGGCAUCGACCUCGACCUUUCGUCUGCCGGCGCCUUAAAUAAGAGUCUCCUCUCCGCUGUCGGUCACGAUGAAUAUUCCGUGGCCCGGAAAGAAGUCCUCACCCACAUGUGCUCCCGACCGAUGCAGAUGGCGUUGUACUUCUGUUCAGGUGUCCUGAAAGAGGAAAAGCUUUUCAAACACUACGCCUUGAACGUUCCUCUUUACACGCACUUCACCUCACCCAUCAGACGCUACGCCGACAUCAUUGUGCACCGGCUGCUGGCGUCCUCGCUGAAGUGUUGUCCAAAGUUGCAGCUGUCAACAGAGGAAGUCCAGAAACAGACGUCGCGCUGCAACGAGAAGAAGACUGCGUCGAAGAGGGUCCAGGAGCUGAGCGCCGAGAUUUUCUUUGGGGUUUUUGUCAAGGACUGCGGCCCCCUGGACUCGGAGGCCAUGGUGAUGGGCGUGUUGGAUCAGUCCUUCGACGUGCUGGUUCUGCGCUACGGGGUGCAGAAACGCAUCUACUGCAAGUCGGUGAGCGGCCUGGCCUCGUUCCGCCAUCGCCAGGUGGGGAAGAAAUCCGAGCUGACUCUCGCGUGGACGUCGGAGGACCCGCGGAAACCUCCGCUGGAGCAGGUCAUUUCCAUCUUCACACGUGUGGAGGUGCAGCUCAAGGCCGACAGCGCGCCCUUGAAAUACAGCGCCUUGCUCAAGAGGCCCAGCGCCAUGGCACCAUAAAUCCUCCCAUGUCAUGACAUGUAAGCGGCGUCAUUGCAGUACAGUACGCGCGGACGCUACCGUUGGCCGCAAAACACUCCCGCGUUCUGACGUUGUGACUUGAACAAAGGAGGGCCUGCAGCGCGCUAAUUAUGAAAUUAACGUGUAGUAAAGUCUGCACCAUUUUAUUUAUUUAUUUUAUUUUUUUUUUUUUUUUCUCGGUGAAAUAACAAUUGUGAAUUGGUCCAGAAUGUUUUGUGGCUUUGGCCACAGUCCAUAAAAAGAAUGAGAAUAAGAAUCCAGGUUGACGCCACUCGUCGUCAACGGAACUUAUUGAACUUCUGUUUUGGUCAUUUGACACUUUGAAAGCGGGACUGAUAUUUGACCCCUGGGGUCGCAUAUUUAAAAAGAGGAUUGGGACGUCUUGGGUUGCUCUGCAAGGCUGAAAGCGGGAUAGAUCUUGUACUGCUUGUCUGUCAGACUCACAAGAUCAAUAGCUUACUCACUCCUUGUUUUGAUUUUAAGAUUUGGAAUGCAUAAAAAAAUGGCGCUGAACACCAUUGCGCUCUUAAUUUUGUGCAAAAAGGGUGUAGCUUUUUUUAAUGCGCAGAUUUUGUUGACGUUAUGAGACUUGACUUUUGAAGAAACCUCUGUCCUGUUUAAUAAGUACCUCAAAAGAGUUUGUGCCGUAUUUAAUCAAAUUGUGCUAUUUUAUUUUAAACAAUUUGCGGUGUUUACGUCCUGCAACGCUUUGAUCUUGCUGCAGCUUUAAAUGUGUUUUAAAAGUUGUAGAGAAAAAAAAAAUGUCCACGUGACAAUUAACCUUUGUUUUUUUUUUUAUCAUUUGUGUCAUUUUAACUUGAACUUUUUGUCAUCAUGUGUAUGUAACUUUAUUGUUGCCAGGAUUUCUGGGGCAGGCUGACAAAGCGCUUGGCCAUUUUGUUUAUGUGAUUUAUUGUUAUUAUGUCAUGGCAAAAAGUAGCAAGCAUGGGAGUGGAAGAGCGAAACAGGCCCAUCUUUUAUCUCUGGAUAAAUAAAUGCAUCCAUGGAA